UACGGCCUGACCCACCAGUGUCUCUAAACUGGACUCUGCUGAAUAUAAGUCCCUCCGGGCUCAUCUAUGAUGUCAUGGUCAACUGGGAGCCCCCACCCUCUGCAGACGUCGGGGCGGGCUGGAUGCGCAUUGAAUACGAGAUCCAGUACAGAGAGAGAAACACCACAAACUGGGAAGCAUUGGAGAUGCAGCCGCACACCUUGCGGACAAUCUAUGGUCUGCACAUAGGAAAAGAGUAUGAGCUACACAUCCGUUGUAGGAUGCAGGCCUUCACUAAGUUUGGAGAGUUCAGCGACUCCAUCUUCAUUCAAGUGACUGAGAUUCCCAGCAAAGAGUCUACCUUCCCACUCACUUUGGUUCUUAUUUUUGGGAUUGUGGGCAUCCUCAUACUCAUCAUGCUAAUCGUCGUCUCUCAGCAGCACAGAGUGAUGAUGAUUCUGUUGCCACCGGUUCCCGCACCCAAAAUUAAGGGCAUCGAUCCAGAGCUGUUAAAGGUGAAUUUAUGUGUGUGCUGUUAUUCUGCCUGA